UCACCUCACGGCGCGCUCGAUUUCAGUCCGCGCUCGAGUCGUGCACCACGGAACACGCGAGGGACAGCCGAGCCGGCUGCCGGGAACGAGUUGGACACACGCGCCUGACUAGCACGAAGCGCACGUUUCCACCUGUGGAUCUGCUAAUCUCGAUAAAUUUCAAAAUCUCAUCGAGACAGAGGGCAAGGUGCACCGGACGAGGCUGUCGUGUCGUUGAUGUAGCCAAACAAUUCGGAAGUGGCGUAUAUCUUGUGACAAGCGGUUAAAAUCGAGGCGCAACGAUCGAGAAAUCACUCGACGCUAUUGUAUUAUGUCACACUCCCACGCGAACGACGGCCGCUGCUGUUGGCGCGACGGUGAACCGAGCCAACAUCGUCGUCGUUUGACAUUUGCAUUGGCGUGGAGCGGUUAACGCGGGACCCGGUGGCUGUCGUGCACGCAUCGACCACCCAGUGUUAUGCUCGGUCGCGAUCGUCGUAGCCGGUAACAAGCCGUGGCUGGGGGUCGCGGUAAUAACCUGUGUCCGCGGGUCCGUCCGGUCUAGUGACUUAACUGGUGACCCGCAAUCCAAGGAUCCCCCUAGUGUAUCCGUGUUUCUAGACGAUCGGUAGACGCGAUUUCCUGAUAACGAACUUGUUGAUUACAAACAGCUUCGUAGAAGAUAAACUGCUUCGUUGGUGUUAUCCGAUCGCUGGACUUCCUUAAGGAACAACGAAAAUCGAGCCGAGCACUAAGCCUUCUCUAUCUCAGCUGUAUAAAAAGUUUGUUAACAGAGUCACGGUGUUGGAGGAAGAGGAUCGUCGUUAAGAUUCAAGUGCAAUGUUUCGAACCGUGAAACAAACAAUAAACACGCGAGUGAGUUUCGUUGAGAUUUAUAUUACAUCCCGGUUUGUUUUUAAGAAAAAGUGAAUUGAAAUAGUGCGAGAGAGAGAGAGAGAGAAAAAAAAGAACAAGUAAAAAAACGUGAGGAAGGACCAGGAAGAGGAAGUGUCACAACGCGUGUGAAAUGGAUGGUACGCCAAAGAAAAUCGAAGCAGUGUUAAUAUAUGGAUGCCCAUGGGUGGAAUUUGGCCGAAAUGUGCCAGCGUUACCAUCACGCUGUACCGGCAGCCCAAAAUUCUUCUCCAGCUAGGGAUCCUUCGGCUGCCAUUGUGCAAGGCUUGUCAACGGCUACGCACAUUGAACAGGCUAGCCCUUCUUAUUCUCAUUACACGAUGCUGGAUAAUUAUGACAGGGGUGAGGUGACACCACCACCGGUGAGCAGUUACGGCGGUUCCCCCGGACUCUUGGCACUUCAUUCUUCGCUUUAUGCGACACCCACGUCGAGGACCUACGACAUCGAGUCGAACAUCGACGGCAAUGACAGUUCCAUGCCCAUCGAUACCCAAAUCAUUUCGAUACCGGGAAUGUUAAGCGGUCCGGCGCAACAGCGGCUGGAGGACAUGUCUUGGCUGGCUUCCGGCCCGUCUCUGGAAUAUCAACAAGGCAUCUCACCGAUUCCUGCUGGGGUGAAGAUGUGCCAUCCUGGCAGUACAGCCCAGAGAAGCCUGAAGGAGCAGCGGAUACGUCGUCCGAUGAACGCCUUCAUGGUCUGGGCAAAGGUCGAGCGCAAGAAAUUGGCCGACGAGAAUCCUGAUCUCCACAAUGCCGAUCUCAGCAAGAUGCUUGGAAAGAAAUGGCGAGGGUUAACCCCGCAGGAUAGAAGGCCGUACGUAGAGGAGGCGGAGAGGCUGAGGGUUAUACACAUGCAGGAACAUCCGAAUUACAAGUACAGACCACGUCGUAGGAAACACGCGAAAAGGGCCCCAGGUGCACCCUCCUCACCUCCUUCCGCCACCAAUACCACUGGCAAUAGGUCCAACCCCUCUGGUACCACGAUUCAUCAUUCCAUGUCCAAGAUGGAUAGUUAUCAAGGCAUUCCUCAGAUCCCAUGGGGUGGCCAUUCCCCGAUCUCAUCCCUGUAUCACCAACAACAGCAGCAACAAGGUAUCCAGGAGUACAAAUCGGAGAGCAAUUCCUUGUACGGCAGCCCUUAUACGCCUAUUAUUCACACACCGGACAUAUCUCCAGUUGCCAGUCCCGAGCCAGAUGGUGACGGUACGCAUCUGUCGUCUACGCAAAACCCAGAUGCAGAACGAGAUCUAAUGGAGGGUGGUUCGUCGAAGCAGCACAAUGAAAUGAACGAGCAAACGAAACGGUACACUUUUAUGAAUACCGAUAAUCAACUGCACACGGAUCAUGCUGGUACUACUAGCAUAUCGUCGUGUCAGAAUUCUGGUGGUUACACUGACACUUUAACUUAUAAGAAAUCGGUGAGCUAUUUAAAUUUCGAGAGACAGCCGUCGAGCAUCGCCGCGGUGGGCAUAGCAAACGGUAUGAUGGUGUCGUGCAAUAAAUUGCGUUCAGGAUUUGAGAAUGUUGGCUCUGUGACGGGCACUUUUUAUCCACCAGUCGCAUCCCCUCACGAUCAAUCGUUGCAGCACUACACGAGCAGCCAGUCCUCGAAGACUGCCAACUAUUCGAUGCAGUCCACCGUUGAAAACAACUACAAUCCUGUUCAGUGUGCCAAUCGACAACAAUCCAUGGGUAUCCGUGGAGCCGCUGAAGGUUGUUCCGGUGUAUCUCACCGUUACCAAAUGACCCAUCAUCAAGAGUACCAAACCGAGAGCACCAGUACGGGUCAACAGCACUCGAUACUGGGCCACAUGGACCCUGGCAUGACUGCGGAUGACGAUCAGCAACAGACGCUGCAGCUAGAAAAAUAUUUCAAGUAUUCUCAUUCGAGCAACGUGGCUCAUAGCAGCCUCUCGUCGCAGAAUUUGCUCGAUAGCAAUCACAAUUACGCCAGUGAUUUGCGUUACUAUGCCCCUCAACAAACUCAGCUGGACAUGUCGAAUUCGCAGUGCAUCGUUGACGAUCAAAACAAAGACACUCGGUGUUCCAACGUGGGUAUGGGUCAUGCGAUGGACCAGUAUCAUCAGGCUAUGGAUGUGACGAAGUAUCAGGAACACCCCUCUCAGCAACAACAACAGCAGCAACAACAACAGCAACAGCAGCAGCAGCAGCAGCAGCAGCAGCAAGGACAGCAAUCUCAAAAUAUGGAACACGUGCCGAAACCGGACGACGACUUCAGUGUAAUACUUGCCGAUGUGCGUAAAACGUGUUAUAGUAGCUAGUGCCUCUUUAGUCACUUUGACACGUGGCAAUUUGUAAGCUGUAGUACGAAGAACCUUGUACGGUAGUGUAUUCAAAGAAUCCGGUGCUUAUACACAAUUUGUAAAGAGUGAUAAGAUGAUGGUCACAGUCUGACAGUGAUUCUCUACAUUACGUUGGAUGGGCACUUGCAAAAAUAAUUAAAACUUAGAAAUUAAAGGUUCUUUUCAAAUUCUUUCAAGCUUAAAUCAAGCUUCUUUAGGGAAAAUUACGAUAUAAGGAAAGCAGAAAUUUUCAAAAUGUUAAUAUUAAAAAUCAUUUAGAAACAAACUAAUGUUAUUUUCAAUUAUUAAAUAUUAUUAAAUUGAAUACAUAAUUGAAAUGUACGAAAAUUUUGAAUGAACGUUGACACGCAAAUGAUGGGAGACCACAGACCAUAGUACAUAUUUAUAUGCGACAUAUGGGACUCUCAUCUCUAAAUUGUCAUUUCCCCUGAAGAGCCUAAUUUGAUCACAAGUGUACAAUACCACAUGGUAGGCUUCCCUUGAAAAAAUGUCAGUGUAAGGAAGGGAGCAAUUAUUACUCACAGUAAUACUCGAGAGUUACACAUCAUGAAUAAUUAAAUGAAAAAAUGAUAAUUCUUAAAAUUCUAAUUUUUAAAGUUAUUGAGCAUAAUUAUUAAGUAUCAUAAAAUUUAAUGUAACUAAAAAAAUAUUAAAAUUUUCCCUAGAGACGCCUCUCUAUUAUACACUUUAAUAGAUAUUCUACAAAAGCGCCUUAAUAAAUUCUGAUUUAUUAAGUAAAAAAGAAAAUCCAAAGUCAGUCGUUUUAACUGGUUUAACAGUUUUGGUAUUAAAAAAAAAUCUUGAGCCUUCAAUAUGAGAAACUUAUAAAGUUUGUGAUUAGGUCCUUUUGCAAAUGUCCAUCCAACAUCAAACAAAUAAUCACUUGUGUGAGCCAUUACUUUCUUAACACGUUGUACUCUGUACACACUUCCGGUGCUGAGGUCCUUGAUCCUAUACAAGAGCUGGUCAGAAAGUUCAAUUCUAUUUCCUUUAAAUACAAACUGUUUUCCAUUUUUUUUCUUCUCUAUUAAUUAACUAGAAAUUAACCCUUGUACUUUAUAUGUAUAAGAUAACGGACCCAGUGGUGAAACAUGUACACCCAUGAUCAAAGCAAGCUUCCCUACAGAAAAUGGCAAUAUAGCGGAUAUAUAUAUAUAUGAUAAUUAAUAUAAUUUUGACAAUACAUUAAAAUAAUUUAGAAACAAAAUAAUAUAACU